GCAGGCGCAGUCUUGGCUCCUGGCGGCGUGUUCCUCUUACUCUGCGGUUUCCAGUGUCCUGGCAGGUAAGGAACGCUGCCUCUUCACCUCUCAGCGCGGCUUGCGGUUUGCUCCGGACCCCCGCUUCUCAGCCCUCCGGCUCCUGGUGUCGUUGCUGUAGCCCGAACGCGUCCACCGGCGACAGACCCAUGGCCGAGCGCGGGGAACUCGACCUGACCGGCGCCAAACAGAACACAGGAGUAUGGCUAGUCAAGGUUCCCAAAUAUUUGUCACAGCAAUGGGCUAAAGCCCCUGGAAGAGGUGAAGUUGGAAAACUGCGGAUUGCCAAGAAUCAAGGAAGGACUGAGGUGUCAUUUACUUUGAAUGAGGAUCUUGCAAAUAUUCAUGAUAUUGGUGGAAAACCGGCUUCAGUCAGUGCUCCUAGAGAACAUCCAUUUGUCUUGCAAAGUGUUGGAGGACAGACAUUAACAGUGUUUACUGAGAGCUCAUCAGAUAAGCUGUCGUUGGAAGGAAUAGUGGUACAAAGAGCUGAAUGCCGACCAGCUGCCAGUGAAAACUACAUGCGACUAAAAAGAUUGCAAAUAGAAGAGUCUUCCAAACCUGUGAGGCUAUCACAACAGCUGGAAAAAGUUGUAACAACCAAUUACAAACCUGUUGCUAAUCAUCAAUACAAUAUUGAAUAUGAAAGGAAAAAGAAAGAAGACGGGAAGCGAGCUCGAGCUGAUAAACAACAUGUUUUAGACAUGCUAUUUUCAGCCUUUGAGAAACAUCAGUACUAUAAUCUUAAGGACUUGGUGGACAUCACAAAACAACCUGUGGUGUACCUGAAGGAAAUCUUAAAAGAAAUUGGUGUUCAGAAUGUAAAAGGGAUCCACAAAAACACAUGGGAGCUGAAGCCAGAGUACAGACACUAUCAAGGAGAAGAAAAGAGUGACUGAGAAGCCUCCUAGUCAGCAUG